UUUCUGUAAUUAUUAUUUCAAUUCAAUGACGGUGAUUACGUUUCACCUUCUUUCUCCCACCACCACAUAUCCACCGGCCACCGCCACUUAGAUCGCCGACGCUCUCAGCCGCAACCACCAUUCCAAUCCCUACUUCACCACCGAAGCGUAACACAACAGAGGCAUUAUUGAAUCUUAACCAUGAGGAGAACUGGCUUUCACAGGAGACAAAGCGGAGGAGGAGGCUCAGGAUUCAAAGGAAUGAUCGUGAAGUUGUCGGUUGCUGCUGUGGUGCUCUUGAUCUGCACGCUCUCAUUGUUCUUCUCCUCAACAGGAACUUCUUCCAAUCUUCAAUCCAACUAUCGCUCCGAGAUCCGUUUAGAAGAGCUUUGGAGCAACGCAGGUUCCGGAAGUUGGCGGCCGUCGUCUGCUCCGAGAACUCAUUGGGCCCCUCCUCCGACUGAGAGCAACGGCUAUUUGCGUGUUCGAUGUAAUGGUGGCCUGAAUCAGCAGCGUAGUGCGAUCUCUAAUGCUGUUCUUGCUGCGCGAAUCAUGAAUGCUACACUUGUGCUACCUGAGUUGGAUGCAAACUCCUUUUGGCAUGAUGACAGUGGUUUCCAUGGUAUCUAUGAUGUUGAACAUUUCAUCAAAACACUGAGGUAUGAUGUAAAGAUUGUUGAAAGCAUUCCAGAAAAUCAGAAAAAUGGCAAAAAGAAGAAAAUAAAGCCAUUUCAGCUUCGUCCUCCUAGAGAUGCUCCUGUAAGUUGGUAUACUACUGAUGCUCUGAAGAAAAUGAAGGAACAUGGUGCCAUCUAUCUUACUCCCUUUUCACAUCGCUUAGCUGAAGAAAUUGACAAUCCUGAGUACCAAAGGUUGAGGUGUAGAGUCAACUAUCAUGCUUUAAGAUUUAAGCCACAUAUCGUGAAGUUAAGUCAAUCAAUAGUUGAAAAGCUACGCGAACAAGGUCCCUUCAUGUCCAUACAUCUUCGGUUUGAGAUGGACAUGUUGUCAUUUGCUGGAUGCUUCGAUAUAUUUACACCUGAGGAGCAAAAGAUUUUGAAGAAGUACCGAAAAGAAAAUUUUGCACCUAAAAGACUUGUCUAUAAUGAAAGAAGGGCUAUUGGGAAAUGCCCGUUGACUCCUCAGGAGGUUGGUCUUAUUUUGCGUGCAUUGGGUUUUGACAAUUCUACCAGGAUAUAUCUUGCAGCUGGUGAAUUGUUCGGCGGGGAUCGAUUUAUGAAACCAUUUCGAAGUUUGUUCCCUCGACUCGAGAAUCAUUCUUCUGUUGAAAACUCUGAAGAGCUUGCUGAAAACACUAGGGGAUUGGCUGGUUCUGCUGUGGAUUACAUGGUCUGUCUUCUUUCUGACAUUUUCAUGCCAACUUAUGAUGGCCCAAGCAACUUUGCCAACAAUCUCCUUGGACAUCGCCUUUACUAUGGCUUCCGGACUACUAUCAGACCUGAUAGAAAAUCUCUUGCCCCUAUCUUCAUCGAUAGGGAGAAUGGGCAGACGGCUGGUUUUGAGGAAGCUGUUAGGAAAGUCAUGCUCAAAACAAACUUUGGAGAACCUCACAAGCGUGUUUCUCCAGAGUCUUUCUACACUAAUUCUUGGCCUGAAUGCUUCUGCCAAAUAUCCGCACAGAACCCUGCAGACAAAUGUCCCCCAAAUGACAUUUUAAAUAUUAUGAACGACGAAUUACAGAAAACAGAGACCGACACAAAUUCUACAAUAUCCUGAGCCAAGUUGUGUGGCAUUGGGCUAAUGGUUCUUCAACUCUGCAGUAAUGAACUGCUGUGGGCCAAAGCGAAAAGGAAUGAAGUCCUAUUACUGGAGCUCCAGAUUUGCAGGUGAUCAUUUUUGUCUCAAAUGAUUUACUUUACCGAGGGAAUGAUGUGGUUAGACAUCGAGAAUUCAAGGUGCUGAUUGGUAUAUUUGCAUUCUUUAGCUUCAUGUAGACAAUAGGAGGAAGAUCACACGGAUUGGAUAGAAAGCGGGGUAUGUAACUGGAGUUAUAUUUUUCAGCAAAAAUCAACUAAAAUUGUAAUUGUUCUUCAAUCUGUCAUAGAAAGGCACUUCUAGUUACCUAGGGAAGGAUGAAAACUCUGGCAGAGUUAUGGUAUAGAUCUUUGGAGUGCUGGAAAAAACCAGAUGUGCUAAAUUUAUGUUCUUUUAUUUAUUUAAUCUUUUUUUGGGGUUGCCAUGAAAAUGAACUUGUUCAAGUAUUUCCACAA